UUUAGAAACCAGAAAACGUUUGAGCGAAAAUUUGGAGGAAUUUAUUAACAUAUAUGGAAUUCUGAACCUGUAGUCAAUGUUGAUAAAAUGAAAGAAUCUGGAACUGUCCUUUACAAAAGGAUACCGAAACACCUUGUCAUUCUUCUCGCAAUUCAUGUAGUGGGAGUAAGUCUAAAGUGUACUAAUGAUGAAUUCCGGUACGUCGAAGAAUGCCCAGUCACCGAAGAGCAACGAAUACAGGCUUCCAAAGCGAUGCUAUGUUCUACAACAACGAUUAACGGAUCUCCGAAUCCAUAUCACUGUGUCAUAGAUCCGUCAGUAUCAAAAUUAAUAGAGGUGUGCGCCGAACCAGUCCAAGUAAUAGGUCGAUUUUGUGCUGAGUAUAAUCCAUUUGGUAAAAGAAUACAGUCGAAUACCAGAGCGUCAUGUUCUGAUCAUAAUAACUCCUGUCCGCCAUCUUAUACGUCUACUGACGCAUAUAAAUAUCCAGACUGUUAUGCACUUGUCCUGAAGAAUAUAUCGACCACGGAAAAAUUAAAAACACUGAAUAAACCAUACGUGAUCAUUACAAACGAAAGAAUACAAUUCUCCGUCACGUAUAAAUUCAUUAUUACGGUUGUGGUUUGUUUCACAUCUUUUAGUGUUGCUCUUUGUGCUGGUGUUAUGUUAAAACGAACAAGGAACUCUUAAAGAAAAAAAGAAACCAAAGAGUAUGGUAUAAGGAAUUACUAAUAUGAGUAUGCCAUGGACAUUGACAACAGUUGGAAACGUGUGUUAAUUUGCAUAACGGGCGAAUGAUUCCUUAUGUCACAGAUGAAAAUGAACUUUUGGACAUUUUGACAAUUACUUUGAAUAUUUUCUCUGUCAAAUUCUACAUUUCUGUUAUCAAUUAAUGAGUUGUCAUAAUUGCUUCAAUCUGUCAGAUUUAUCUAUUAAAAAAUAUUUCAUUAUGUUAAUUAGCUAUGAGUAAUAUAACCAGAUGGACUGUGACUUUAUUAUUGUUUAUUUA